GGAAGAGAAUCAAACAGGCACUAGUGUGUCAAGCAAUCUUCCGCAAAUUUGCUUCUUCCCCGCUUCCUCUCCGAAUCACUCCGACAAACACCAAAACGCGAUUGCAUUUCAAACCAUAAUCCCGUUUUCACCGUAUCGUUUUCCCUAUUUCAAUUCCUCUCAAUAUUGCUAUCGUCUCUGGUUCUCGUUCGCAACUCCUGAGUCCUGUGACGCAUUCGCGUUGGCGAACGAACGCUCUUGGCAUUCCCGAAAUCCCUCAAACAGCGUCAGUAACCGCAAUUCAAAACCCUAAGCCAUGGACCGUGACGACGACCCUUCUGCACUUGCAUGGCUUUGGGUCAUUGAAGCCCUGUUAACUUCCAAAGAAAUCACCACUCCCACUUUGCAGGGUUUCAUUGAUGCGGCACCUGUGGGACAUCAUAGAUUUAGUAAAAAUACAAAGGAAUUGGUAGCCUUGAGGUGUUUGGAGAAACUGUCCACUCUUGUUGUUGACCCUGAAGCUUCUUCUAACUUGGAUUCCAGAUUUGGAUUCAAUGUUUUGGGGAGUUGUCAAGAUGUCCUCAAAGAAAUAUUGGGCAAGAUCCCUUUAUCAAAUCUGAAAGUGGCUGGAGCAGAGCUAUUGAAAUGGGAUAUUUGCCCAUUUAUUAAGCACAAAAGAGCUGUCACUUUUAAAUGUCACUUAGAGCAGCUGAGAGAAUCGAUCUUCAAAAAUACUCAUCCAGAUACUGAUUACUUGAAAGAAACAACUAGAUUAUUUCCUCAGAAUAGCAGUAGGGUUUGCUCUAAGAGGAGUAGGGUUUGCUCGGCUGAUGAAACAGAUUUGCCCUCUAAGAGGAGUUGGGCUUGCUCAGCUGAUGAAACAGAUCAUGCUAGGAAUGGUUAUGGGGUAGAAAUAUCAGGUGAUAUUGUGUCCCAAGGUGAAAAGAUUAACCUUGAAACGAAAAAGCAGGCAGAGCAAAAUCUUUCUUUGAAGUGUAAUGAAGAGGAUCGAUUACUGAUAUGUGAUGCAAAUGUUGUCCAACCAGUGGUUCCUGAAUAUGUUAUGACAACCACCAUUAUACCCCAUCAUACCUCUGUAGCUGAGCCUUGCAAUAAUACAUCUAUGGAUGAAACUGACAAUACUGCACAUCAUGCCAUUCCAACAAAUGAUGCUAAUGCAGAAAAUAAUCAGCAUAUUAUUAAUUUUCACCAACCCAAACAGACAGAACCAGAUAUUACAUCUUUAAAUCUCUCUCAGAAGCCAGUUGCUAGUGAUAAAACUGUAUUUGAUAUGGUUAAUGGCUGCAGAGCUGAGUUGUCUAGUGAUAGUGAUGGAUAUCACAAUGGAAAAAAUGAUCUUGAAGCAAAAAAACAUGAAUUCCUGUGCUCCCCCUGCACGGUUGAUCAAGAUUUCUCAGCAAUGACUGAAUCAAUUGAACAAAAUCUUCGCACGGUUGAUCAAGUUUUCUCAUCAAUGACUGAAUCAAUUGAACAAAAUCUUUGCAUGAAGUGUCAUGAAGGUGGCCAAUUAUUGGCUUGUAAAACAACUACUUGCCCUUUGAUGGUGCAUAAAAACUGUCUAGGUGCAUCUGCUCAAUUGGAUGCAAAGGGCAACUUUUUUUGCCCAUUUUGUGCAUAUUCUCAUGCUAUUUCAGAAUAUCUUGAAUCUAAGGAAAAUGCUUCCUUGGCAAGGAAAGAAUUAGCUAUCUUUAUCAGUAAAGGAAAACUGAUUCAAGCUGCAGAAUUUGUUCAUGAAUUUCAUAGACAAGAACAUUGUUUUUCAAGAAAGAACAGUAAGUGUGAACACAUUCAUGUUAAAAACAAUGAAGAUGAUCAGUUAGCAGGGUGUGAAGACAAUAGAGAAGAUCAUGUUGGUGAGCAUGCAAAUGAAGCCAAUGAUCUUCAAUUUGAAAGAAGUAAGCAACAAGCAGAAGUUUUAAGAGAAGAGGAAAUAGGUAAAAUGCCAACUGUUGGAAGAGUUGAAGAAAGCGAAGUGCCAACUGACCAUGUAGAUGGACAUGUUGGUGAUAAAUUUGCUAGUGAAAAAACAAAUAUUGCUCCUGAAAGCAAUGCUGAAGAAGUUCCACAAGAAAUGACAAAACAGCACAAUAUUGAUGGAACAAUAGAGCCAGUUUGUGCACAAGAUACUGGGAAAGAGAAAAUUUCUGAAGAUGAAAGUGAAAAGCAUAGUAAUCCUCUAUACUCAUUGAGAUUCCGUAAACAUGAAACACAAUGUAAACCCCAAGCAGGCCAAGUAUUUCUGGGUAAUCAGUUAAGGCGAAAGAAAAUUCCGUGGACAGCUGAGGAGGAAGAGAAGAUAAAGGAAGGAGUGCAGAAGUUUGGCAAGGAAUGGAAAAAAAUUUUGCAAUUUGGUUCUCAUGUGUUUGAUAAGGUUGGUAAGCGUCGGACACCACAUGACCUGAAGGAUAAAUGGAGGAACAUGUGCAAAGCUCACUCAAAAUCAAAAUGACUCAUUUUCAUCUGGCUGCCAGUAGUUGAAAGUUAGAUACAAUUAGUAUUGUCGCUACAAGGUCCCAGGUCUAUCCUAAGCUCACUCAAAAUCAAAAUGAGAGGCUUCAUCUCAAGUGAUACUCUUAGUCAAUUCUGUCUGCUGCUGCUGUUCCUCAUUUUCAUCUGGCUGCCAGUAGUUGAAAGUUAGAUACAAUUAGUAUUGUCUAUACAAGGUCCCAGGUCUAUCCUAAGCUACUCAAUUUGUUUAUGGGUAAACCUCUUAUCUCUUGUUAAAAUAUAACUUAUUAGAUCUGGAUUGAACCUAUGUGUCAUGCACUUCCUUGCUGAUUUGCGGAAUUAUCUGUCACUUCAGUGAUAUUUUUUUUUAAAAAAAAGAAAGAGAAAAUUUUGCAUCUAGUUGAGACUAGUUCCUCGUGUACAUAGUAUUGAUUGAUAGAAAGGAUAGCACCCAUAUCUAUAUAUUAUCUGUGCUAAUAUAUAUGGUUCGAGCAAUGUUUUUGUGUAAUAUCUUGACCUCAAAAUGUAAGAAUUAUGGUUCAUGGAUCUUUCUUUAUAGCUUUAAAAUUCAGUUUUCCU